UUCUUAUUCAUUUUUAACAAAGUUAUUCAAACUUAACUCUAUUAAACUGCUCUUUGGAAUUUGGUGGUUGGUGACGUGCUGUUUAACAUCAUAUUAUAAAAGUCAACUGGCGUCUAUGUUGAUUAAACCAAUUAAUAAUUUACCAGAUAUUAUUGAUACAUUAGUUGAAAAUGGAUAUACAUUCCAAGUUGAUGCCGACGACAGUUCAGUACUCCGUGAAAACUUCUUAAGUUCAGAUCUCCCCAUGUAUAAACAAGUUGCAAAAAUGCUUAACAACAAUUUAAAAUUUUGCGCUUCAAUAAGAUAUGCGUUGAACACCAAAGCUGCAGUAAUUGAUGAAGAAACUGCUUUACAAUAUAAAGUUUAUAAAUUUUGUAAUUUAACAUUAUCGGAAAGGGCUAAUCUAAGAUUGGUGACACAAAAUGUAUUCCCUGGUGGUUACCAUGCUUGGAGUAUGCAAGAAGCUACUCCUUAUAGAGGGAUCUUCUCCAAAACUAUAGGAAGACUUAAUGAUGCGGGUCUUUUAGCCCAUUGGUAUCAAGCUGCUUCCGUUUUUAAAAUUCCAAAAAGCGAUGCUGAAGAUAUUCCAACUACUGAGCCAUUGAACAUUUUAAGACUUCUUCCGUCGUUUGUGUUUUUAAUAUUUGGAUGGUUGAUUUCCGUUUUAUUACUUUUUAUUGAGAUUUUGUGGUAUUAUAAAAAAAAAUCGAUAUAAACACUCCUACAAAAAUUAAUCAGAUUUAAAGUAUUGUAUUAGGAUAGUUCUAGAAUAGUGUGUG